GAAAGUCAAGCAGUUUGCCCAGGGAGAGCCCGAGGCGUCACAAUGGCCUUUCUCGCUUCCAAUAUGCCUAUGUUUAGGCAGAGUUGGAGGUUCCCCCGCGAGUUCUUCACCUGUCAACAAUGCCUGCAGAAACGGUCAGCUCUGCCCCGAGUUCCCCGACAAUGGAUCGGAACUGCUCCCCUACGGAAAUCUUUUAAGCUGAAUUCCAUUCUCUCUCAAACUGGACGAUUGCGGAAUCCGAAUUCUAUGAUAAGGUCGAUAUCUCAGACCGCGACCAUUUCAGCAGCCGAGGUGGGUGCAGCGACCAAGUCCCGUUUUCCAAAUGUUAGCUCGAAGAUUGUUGCGUAUUGGUUGCUUGGAAGCGCGGCCAGUGUCUUUGGUAUUGUCGUUUUUGGUGGUUUAACUCGAUUGACAGAGUCUGGGCUGAGUAUAACCGAGUGGAGGCCGGUAACUGGCUCCUUGCCCCCAAUGAACGCGGAAGACUGGGAAUCCGAGUUUGCGAAAUACCGAGCGUCUCCCGAAUACCAAGUCCUAAACCCCAACAUGACACUUGCCGAAUUCAAAAACAUAUAUUACAUGGAGUGGAUUCACCGAAUAUGGGGCCGCGUCGUCGGCCUGUCCUUCGUUGUACCAGCUAUCUAUUUUACCGCAACGAGGAAAGUGUCUAAACCGAUGGCUCUCAGAUUGGCGGGAAUUGCGGGCUUGAUUGGUUUCCAGGGUUUUAUCGGAUGGUGGAUGGUCAAAUCCGGCUUGAAAGAUGACCUAUUCGCUCCCGGGAGCCAUCCGCGUGUGAGCCAGUACAGAUUGACUGCCCAUUUGGGCGCAGCAUUCGUAUGCUAUGUCGCAAUGCUCUGGAAUGGAUUGGCAAUUCUACGACAGAAUCGCCUCUUAGCUGAUCCGGAGAAGGGCAAGAAAAUCCUCGAAACGUUGCGGGAUCCGAAAUUAAAUGUCUUCCGACGGUCUGUUGCUGGUUUAGCUCUUCUUGUCUUCGUCACCGCUAUGUCUGGAGGUCUGGUUGCUGGGUUGGAUGCAGGCCUUAUUUACAACGAAUUCCCUACCAUGGGUACCGGCCUUGCUCCGCCCAAAUCAGAACUCUUCGACCCACACUACUCCAGGAAGGAAGAUAGAUCCGAUCUCUGGUGGAGGAAUAUGCUCGAGAACCCUUCGCUGGUUCAAUUGGAUCACCGUAUCCUCGCCAUGACGACGUUCUCCUCCGUUAUGGGCCUAUGGGCAUACUCGAAGUUCUCUCGAACGAUGAAGCGAUUGCUUCCUCACGCUGCUCGAAAAGGCGUUCAUGGCGUUGUAGCAUUCGCCAUGGUGCAAGUCGGCCUUGGAAUUAGCACCCUCCUCUAUCUUGUUCCCAUGCAUCUUGCUUCAGCACAUCAAGCGGGAAGUUUGUUCCUCUUAACAUGGGUUCUCGUUCUCGGUAAUAGGAUCUGGCAUCCUUCGCGGACAGCUCGUCUACUUCAAAUGGCCACUAAAGGUCAGGGAGCUAGUAUGUCCCGCGCUGCCUCUCCUCUCACCAAGAAACUCUAAAAGGGGUUGUUUCACUCCAGCCUGUGUGUCUCCCUCUCCAACUUAGGCUCUCCGAUCUUUCAAUCAGAGCAGCGGGUUUACGUUUUAUGAUCUCUCUCCACUUCAUCUAUGUUUUACUAUAUCCACUUUUUCCAUUCACGUCAUCCUGUGAGGGUACGAAGAGGUAGCCCAUCGCCAAAUUUUAAUGGAUUGUACUGUAUAUACAUACCUAGGUAAUAGACAUCCACUCAUAAGAGGAAUACUUUUGAUA